AUGGUCUUAGAUCAAGCGCAGUCGAGUGUGGACAAUGGCACAUUGACAGAAAGCUAUGUGGAGAUCAAUCCUGCUGCAAACACUGCUCUUCCUGACCCAUCAACUCCCACAACAGAACUUAAGGCAGAGACAACCCAACCACCGGAUUCCUCCAGGAUAGAGGUGGUUUCAGUGACGGAGGAAGACCUCCCCACUGUUGAGACCCCCAACACACUGAACCUUAGCCCCCUGGGCAGCGUUGCCCAAUCGGAGAACGAUUCUACCAAACCUGAAGAGCCCCGACUUCCAGCUGCACCUAGCCCCACCAUGCCAAUCACCAAGGUGCAGACAUUUAUUAACGAGGAGGACUUGGAUAAAAGCUGGAGGAGCAGACUGUUGUCCCACCGCUUGGAGCUGGUAAUCGCUUCGUGCCUCAUUGUGGUGGUCACUCUCGCUCUUGGCAUUGGCCUUGGAGUGGGUCUGACCUGUGUAGGAAAGUUUCGUUGUGGCUCAUCUUCUAAAUGCAUCAGGCCCUGGGCUCAGUGUGAUGGAGAGUUGGACUGUGACAAUGGCGAGGACGAGCUUGGCUGUGUGCGUCUUAGUGGGAGGAGCUCGGUCCUGCAGGUCCAGAGAGGGGGAGCAUGGAGGACAGUGUGCUCAGAGGGCUGGAACAACUGGCUGGGGAUCUCUGCCUGCAAGCAGCUGGGAUACUCCAGGUAUGUGGAGUCAUUCUUCGUCUCUCUGAUCUCCAUUGAGCAGGACCUUCAAUACAACCUGGUGUCCAUCAACCUGAGCCAGUCGCAGAUCAUUAAGCUCCAGAACGCCACAACCUUCAGUCACACUCAGUGCAGCUCAGGGAAGGUGACCACUGUCAAAUGUCUGGAGUGCGGUUCCAGACCACAGUACAACACUCGUAUUGUUGGAGGUAACAUCUCCAAGCCCGGUCAGUUCCCCUGGCAGGUCAGCCUCCACUUCAGCAGUGAACACCUGUGCGGAGGCUCCAUCAUAACAUCACGCUGGGUCCUCACUGCAGCACACUGUGUGUAUGGGUUUGCAGACCCCUCCAUGUGGGUGGUCCACGUGGGGCUGACGGAGCAGCCAGUCCACGGGGCUCAGUCUCUGGCUGUGGAGCAGAUCAUAUACCACCCUCGCUACAGACCAAAAGGACUGGACUACGACAUCGCGCUGAUAAAACUGGCCAUGUCACUGGCUUUCAAUGGCUUUGUUGAGCCCAUCUGCCUGCCAAACAAUGGGGAGGAGUUUGAGGAGGGCACCAUGUGCUGGAUCUCUGGAUGGGGAGCAACGGAGGAUGAAGGAGAGACCAGUGUGGUUUUGCGCUCAGCCGUGGUGCCACUCCUCUCCACUAAAACCUGCAACCAGCCAGAGGUUUACCAAGGCCUCAUCUCCUCCUGGAUGAUCUGUGCAGGAUUCCUAGAGGGAGGGACGGACUCCUGUCAGGGGGACAGUGGAGGUCCUCUGGCCUGUGAGGACUCGUCCGUAUGGAAGCUGGUUGGUGCGACCAGCUGGGGAAUUGGCUGCGCUAUGAGGAGCAAACCAGGCGUUUACACACGCGUUACACAGUCGCUCAGCUGGAUCCGCCAACAGAUGGAGAGAGAAGAGGCUUACAAUUCUCCAAUGCUGAGCACAGACAACUGAAGCCCCAAGUUACUUCUUAGGAUUU